AUGGCGGACGAGAAGGGGAAAUCUCCGAGUGAUGCUCUCCAGCUCCAAGUGUUGUUAGAAGAAGGGGUAAAGGCCAGAGAGCAGCUACAAGAAGAAGGCCAAGGUGGACUUGAACAUGGGGUGGCAUCCAAGAGACCAAAAACAACCUCUCGUGAAUUCAACACAGGGAGUGAACAGGAGCUGGUGAAGAGGGAGAUCCCAGAGCAGGAUAUGAGCCAGCCAAGUGGGAGGCUGCCGAAACCUUUCACGUCACCUGAGUUCCAGAAGCCAGUUCAGUUCCCUCGGCCAAGAUGGAGAAAUCCAGAACCACAGCAACCUGCACUUUGGGAUAACGCAAAGAUUUUUCUGGCCUCCUUUGAGGGGAUGGCCAAUGUUUACCAGAGGUCCCAAGGGCUGGCGGACCUCAGUGGAGAAGUCCAAGGGGACUUCAGAAAGAUGGACACCAGAAGUGUGGAGGAUUACUGCAAUGUGAGGGAAGACCUCUUACAAGAGGGCUUGCUCACGACAGAUAUGCAGCGGACACUCUUCAGGGAGUUCCGAUACCAGGAGGACGCAGGGCCCCGCGAGGUCUGCAGCCGCCUCUGGUACCUCUGCCACCGGUGGCUGAAGCCAGAGAGGCAUACCAAGGAGCAAAUCCUGGAGCUGGUGAUCUUGGAGCAGUUCCUGGCCAUCCUACCACUGGAGAUCCAAGGCUGGGUGAAGGGGGGUCGUCCUCAGACUUGCGACCAGGCGGUAGCGCUGGCCGAAGAUUUCCUGCAGAGACUAAAAGAGGCUGGGCAGCUGGAGCAGGAGGGGGCAGGACCGAUCCCGGAGGUGGCUGAAAGCAUCCCCACCACUGAGCACCCUUCACCUGCCACUGGAGAGAAGCAGUUGUGCAUCAAGGCUAAGAAGGAAGGUGACAGGGAGACCAGCACGGAAGGUGACGGGUGGGUGACAAAGAACAAAGAAGAUAAACCUCCACUAGGAGAGCCUGAACUACUGGCGAAGCAUGGGACAUCCUUGGAAAAACCCACCUGGCACCAAGAGGACGGAGAAACGUCUGUGAGUCAGGAUCGCUUGCAGAAGGAGAGGAAGAACUAUCUAGAUCCGAGAAUGGGUGUCUUUUUUCCGUACUUAGAAGAAGGCGGGGACUUGAACCAAACCAGAGUGGUAAAGAGAAGGCGUAGAAGCCGAGGGGCAAAGGUCUGCACCGUAUGCGGGAGAAACUUCAGCCGGACCACCGUUCUUGUUGCGCAUCAAAGAACCCACACUGGAGAGAAGCCCUUCAUGUGCAAGGACUGUGGGAAGUGCUUCAGCUUGAAAUCCACCCUUGUGGCGCACGAAAGGACCCACACGGGGGAGAGACCCUACACGUGCUCACAAUGUGGAAAAAGCUUCACGGUGAGCUCAGACCUGACUAGACACUACAGGAUCCAUAUUGGAGAGAAGCCCUUUAACUGCUUGGAGUGUGACAAAAGCUUCAGUCGGAAAACACAACUUCUCAACCAUCAAAAAGUGCACACGAGAGAGAAGCCCUACAAAUGCUCGCAGUGCGGGGAGAGCUUCAGCCGGCGCUCCAGCCUUAUGAUCCACGAAGGGUCCCACACGGGAGAGAAGCCAUUUAAAUGUCCAGAUUGCGACAAAUCCUUCAACACCUCCUCUCAGUUGGUCAAACACCACCGCGUGCACACAGGGGAGAGACCGUACACCUGCUCGGAAUGCGGGAAAAGCUUCAGCCAGAGGCAAAUCCUGAUGGUGCACCAGCGAAUCCACACAGGAGAGAAGCCCUUCAAGUGCGCCACCUGUGGGAAAUGCUUCUGUGACCGUGCUGUCCUCAUUAGGCACCAGAAAGUCCACACAGGGGAGAGGCCUCAUCAAUGCGCAACCUGCGGGAAAAGUUUUUCUCACCGCGCUGUCCUCGUUCGGCAUCAGAAAAUCCACACGAGAGAAACUUUGGGCGUGCUUAGAUUGGAGGAGGGACAAUCGAACGAAGCCCUGUAA